UGGCAGCAGCAUGAGGAGGCGGUACAGGGGCCCAUGGCAGAUUACAGGCCUGGCAGCAGAAAUGGGAGGCCCGUAAUCUGCCAGCACCCUAUGACAAAAUGGAACACACCAGCAGUGUGAGGAGACCUGAAAGUGGCACAUGGCAGAGUGUGGCGAUGGAGACAGCAGCAAUGGGAGGCCGUACAGGGACCCAUGACAGACUCUGGACCUGGCAGCAGCAUGAGGAGGCGGUACAGGGGCCCAUGGCAGAUUACAGGCCUGGCAGCAGCAAUGGGAGGCCCGAAAGUGGCACUCAUGGCAGAGUGUGGCGAUGGAGACAGCAGCAAUGGGAGGCCGUACAGGGACCCAUGACACACUCUGGACCUGGCAGCAGCAUGAGGAGA